AUGGCAGAACUUCAUGUCUGGCAGCUGGGCCUGGAAAUAGGCCGGCAAAAUAGCAGAGGAUCCACAAACUCACGGUUCCAUGAUUUUUGGCCAUCCCAAAAAGGAUGGUGUCCACGCUGUACAGCGCUACCAACCAACCUUGAUGGAGAAGGCAAAAGACGUUCAGAAGAGCAUACAGAAGUGCUUGUCAAUUGUUUGGAUUUAGGUGUAUUGUGGGAUGAGUAUGGCAUUGUAGGGGACCUGGUAACAAUAUUGACCAAAGGUUUGCGCCGCUUCCCUCAAGGCCGUGGAUUCAAACAGUGGACUGCAGACAACUCAAAAGCACUAAUGAAGCCAUUGAAAGACAUGUCCCCCCCUGACAUAGUACGCACAUUUCGUGCAUUCCUGGAAUUCUACUAUCUAGUCCGACGUGAUGUCCAUGACAAAGAUACACUAGCAAAGAUACAAGACACCCUCAGCAAAUUUCAUCAAUACCGAACAAUAUUUCAAAAUCUUGGUGUCAGGCCAACCGGGUUUUCUCUACCUCAUGUUCCUGGCCAUCAUCAGCUCAUGACCAAUGCCGACACUGACUCAAAUGCUGUCAAUAACAACCACAAUGAGGACGAUGCUGUACCAGGACACACAACUACUAGCCAUGUAGAACUAGGAAGACAACAAUGUCAUCAAAUCAACCAACCUGACCUCCCCAAUUUAAUACAGCAAUUUCUGUUUGACCAGAUCCAUCUCGACGAUGUGAAUGCUUCAUCCUCACAUGAUAUUCCCUUUUCGCUUUGUCCCUACUUUGAUGGCCAAGUCUCAGUCUUCCACUCCGCUACUGCAUACUACUAUGCACCUUGUGACCCCAGUGGCAUCAAUUGCAUGAGGGGCAAGAUCCUCAGAGCAGUACCAUCUUGGCGUGGGGGUGCUCCUUGA